AGAUACGAAACCCCCUUUACUUUUAGAGAUAACCUAACAAACCCUAUAUAUAAAUCUUCAUCUGGGAUGAUUUCUUUAAGUUCAAAAUCAUUACAUCGAUAAAUCAAAUCGAAGCUUUCGAGAUUUUUCUGUCAGGUGGUGUUGGUGUACGGAUAAUCUUACCGAAUUUUGUGGAUUUGAGCUUUGAGUCAAAGCUCUUUCCUUAUUUCUCCGGCAUCUACGGAUUAUUUGAAGGGUUACUCAAAAAGAUCGUUACUUGGAGAAAACGUUAUGUGCCCGCUUUCAACCAAGAAAGAACUUGCUUUGGUUUCCCAAACCAGCCCCUUGUAUACUAAUAAUCUCUUCGAAUAUUGUUAAUGAGGAGUGUUGGUUUGAAGACUCUUGUUCCGGCAACUAAAGGGUUGGCGGAACUCGAUCACCAUGAUCGUGAUGAACUAAAGGGUGCAAGAAAUGGAUCUCCGUUUGAUGGCCAAGGGCUGUCAGAAGAAGAUGAGUCAAGGAUCAAUGAGGACGUUAACAGUGGUAGACGAAUAGAGUUGGUCCAGCAGCCUCAUAAUGAUCUGCAUAGACCACAUCAACAACCUCAAGGACCACUGGUUCAAUGGGAGAGGUUUCUGCCUCUUAGGUCUCUCAAGGUGCUUCUGGUCGAAAAUGAUGAUUCAACUCGUCAUGUUGUCAGUGCUCUGCUCCGUAAUUGCAGCUACGAAGUUACUGCUGUAGCAAACGGUCUAGAAGCAUGGAAAGUGUUGAUUGAUCCAGACAAACAAAUCGAUCUUGUUUUAACUGAGGUCAUGAUGCCAUAUUUAUCGGGUAUUGGUCUCUUAUCCAAGAUCACGAACCACAUGACUCGCAAGAAUCUCCCAGUUAUAAUGAUGUCAUCCGAUGACUCUAUGGGUAUAGUCUUUAAUUGUUUAUCCAAAGGUGCAGUUGACUUUUUAGUCAAGCCUAUUCGAAAGAAUGAGCUAAAAAACCUCUGGCAGCAUGUGUGGAGGAAAUGUCACAGUCAGUCUAGCGGUAGUGGGAGUGAGAGUGGUAUACAGACUCGCAAAUCUACAAAAUCAAGAAGCAAUCAAGAGUCGGACGAGAACAGCGAUAACAGUGAUGAUGAUAUAAGCAUAGAUUUGACUGCCAAGGAUGGGAGCGACAAUGGAAGUGGAACUCAGAGUUCUUGGUCGAAGAGAGUUGUAGAAGUUGAUAGCUCCCAAGCAAAGUCUUCUUGGGACAAAUUACCAAAUCCCCGUGAUAGCAUUUGCAUUCCUGCUGCAAGGCCUGAAACAUCCAAGAACCAUUGGCAAGGAACGGCUGCCAGAAAAGAGCAUGCCACAGAGGAUGAAAAACUAGAAAUUGUUGAAAUGGGGAAAGACUUGGAGAUUGGAGUGCCUAUUGAAGAUGCAGACAAAAAAGGGAAAGAAAAGUUUUGUGAAUUUAACCCUAAGAAAGCGGACGAUGAGUUGGAUACUAGUAUGCAACUUGGUUGCACGAAUAGUGCACCAAGGACUGAAGCUCUUGGUGCCACCAAGAUAAGUAAUGCUCAUAUGGAAGCUGUAGCAAAAGCAAACCAGUUGCUCAAGAACAUAAACAUUGAAGAUAAGUCUAAUUACUAUUCCAAGGAAUCGCCCGCCCUUGAGCUCAGUUUGAAGAGGCCAAGAGACAUGGAGGAUGCUGCUGACGCUAGUGCUCAAGAGCGAAAUGUUUUACGACAUUCAGGACUUUCAGCCUUCUCAAGGUAUAACACUGUAUCAAAUGUCAAUCAAGCUCCAACUGGGAUUGUAGGCAGCUGCUCACCGCUAGAUAUCAGCUCAGAAGCAGCAAAACCGGAUAAGAAACAAUCUAACUCAAAUGGGACCCCUAAUCAACGUUCCAAUGGCAGUGACGAUAUGGGCUCCACCACCAACAAUGCUUUCACCAAACCGGAUGCUCUAGCUGAUGACAAAGCAGCUCCAAAUGGUUCCACCAUAGCGGUUCAUCACAACCAUGCUUCCACCCUUCAACCACUUAUUCCUGGUGCCGCUGAGGGUGAAACUGCUAAGAAUGCCACGGGACAACCAAAGGGCGUACAGCAGCAGGUUCAUGUCCGCCACCAUCACCACCACUACCACCACCAUCACCACCAUGUUCAUAAAAUGCAGCAACAGAAAUUGAUGAACCCUGAUGAUGGAUCUCUAAAGAACAUGGUGUCUAACAUCUUGACCGCGUCAGAUGAAGGAAAUGCCGCUAAUUAUGGCAGUGCCUCAGGAAGCAACAACAAGAGCAAUGGAGAAAAUGGCAGCAGUGGGCAAAAGGGAACCAGCUCUGCUCCAGUGGUUGAAGGUGGUGCGAUUGCGAGUGAUAAUGGUGACGCCAGAAAAGGCAAUGCCGAAGAUGGCAGCGGAAGUGGCAGUGGACGAGGGAGUGGUGUGGAUCAAGAUCGCGUAACACACCGAGAGGCUGUCCUUAACAAAUUCCGCCAGAAGAGGAAAGAAAGAUGCUUUGAGAAAAAGGUGCGAUACCAAAGCAGGAAGAAGCUAGCAGAACAGAGACCACGGGUUCGUGGGCAAUUUGUUCGACAUGGGGCUAAUGGGAUGAAUAACGAGGAUGCAGAUUCGUAACGGUUUUGUUUCUGAUAUGAAAUAAGUAGUAGAUCAAGAUUAGCCGUUGCGUGUAGAUAUGAAGGGUAAGGUACAUUACAUGAUUCGAGGGGACACGAUGAAAGGAUUGGAAGGAUGAAAUUCAACUGAAUCUUAAACAUUAAGAACAUAGUCCCCCCGUUUCUAGCAGUAAGUUUUCUUUUGAUUCCUAGAUUGCUUUCGAUCCUAAACUCUCUACCUAAUAAUGUUUUUUUGGGUUCAGUUUCGGUUGUCGUUGCUUAGAUAUUGUUUGAUCUUGGAGAGCUUUCUUCUAGAGAAAAGCCUUCCAUGCAGUUUGUUCUUUACUUUCAUGUUCUUGAACUAUUGUCAGAGAUGAUCUUUUUUCUAUUUAAUAGAAAGUCUUCUGUUA